UCUUAUUCCAUAGCAACCAAUAAGCAAGCGUGAAACAUGAGGACAAAUCCCGCCAUUCAAGCUGCCAUCGACCUCACAGCAGGUGCAGCAGGUGGGACUGCAUGUGUGCUAACCGGCCAGCCCUUUGAUACAGCUAAGGUGAAGAUGCAGACAUUUCCCAGCAUGUAUAAAGGACUCAUUGAAUGUAUUGUGAAGACAUAUAAACAAGUUGGAUUGCGAGGCUUCUAUAAAGGGACCACUCCAGCACUUGUAGCCAACAUAGCAGAAAACUCAGUCCUGUUCAUGUGCUAUGGGUUUUGCCAGCAGAUUGUGAGGGGAGUUGUUGGAUUAGACAGGAAAGCAAAACUGAGUGAUCUUCAGAAUGCAGCUGCAGGCUCUUUUGCUUCUGCAUUUGCUGCCUUGGUCCUAUGUCCCACAGAGCUGGUGAAGUGUCGGUUGCAGACCAUGCAUGAAAUGCAAUUAUCUGGAAAGAUAAUACAAGGACACAAUACAGUUUGGUCAGUAGUGAAAAGUGUUAUUCAAAAGGAUGGCCCACUCGGGUUCUACCAUGGUCUGUCAAGCACUUUACUUCGGGAAGUCCCAGGUUAUUUCUUCUUCUUUGGAGGCUAUGAACUGAGUCGGACAUUUUUUGCAGCGGAGAGACCAAAAGAUCAACUAGGGCCUAUUCCUUUGAUGGUGAGUGGUGGUUUUGGAGGCAUCUGCUUGUGGAUUGCUGUUUAUCCUGUGGACUGUGUCAAAUCUAGAAUUCAGGUUCUUUCCAUGUCUGGAAAACAGGCAGGCUUCAUGGGAACAUUUGCAAAUAUUUUGCGAAAUGAAGGAGUAUUUGCCUUGUAUUCUGGACUAAAGCCUACUUUGAUUCGUGCAUUCCCAGCCAAUGGUGCACUGUUCCUUGCCUAUGAGUACAGCCGCAAGAUGAUGAUGGAACAGGUUGACACGUACUGAAAUCUUCCAGCAGCAGGUUUAGGUCAACCUUUU